GUCAGCCCCAGCUUCACAGGAAGGUGCAGGUGUACUUUGACACUGAUAGCUUCCCCAAAAAGAUUUUUUGUCUUAGUUGUGACAUCUUUUAGCUCAGUUAAACCACCGCCAUGGACACGGAUAAUCUGUCGGUCGUGUUGCACUCUAAAAAUGAUCUCAGACUGGAGCAGCGUCCAGUGCCAGAGCCAGGACCCAACGAUGUAUUGCUGCGGAUGCACUCUGUGGGGAUCUGUGGGUCAGAUGUUCACUAUUGGCAGAAUGGGCGCAUUGGAGACUUUGUGGUCAAAAAGCCGAUGGUUUUGGGGCACGAAGCGGCUGGAACAGUGGUCAAAGUUGGAUCUGCUGUUAAACAUCUACAGAUAGGUGACAGAGUGGCCAUUGAGCCUGGUGUGCCACGAGAGAUGGAUGAGUUCUUUAAAAACGGCCGCUAUAACCUCUCUCCCGCCAUCUUUUUCUGUGCAACACCUCCUGAUGAUGGAAACCUUUCACGAUACUACACUCACAAUGCCAACUUCUGCUAUAAGUUGCCAGAUAACUUGACAUUUGAAGAGGGAGCACUUAUUGAACCUCUUUCAGUCGGUAUCCACGCCUGUCGCAGAGCAGGGGUCACAAUGGGCAGCGUUGUGCUCGUCUGUGGUGCAGGAACUAUUGGAUUGGUCAGUCUACUUGUAGCGAAAGCAAUGGGAGCCUCAAAAAUUGUCGUCACUGAUCUUUCUCAGGAACGUUUAUCAUUGGCAAAAGAACUGGGUGCUGAUUUUGUGUUGACUGUAACCAAAGAGGAUUCACCACAGACCCUGGCUAAAAGUGUGGCAGACUUGUUAGGAACACCCCCUAAUAUGACCAUCGAAUGCACUGGAGUGGAGAGUAGCAUUCAAACGGCUAUCUACGCAACUCAAUCUGGAGGUGUGGUCGUGCUUGUGGGCCUGGGUAAAGAGAUGGCCACUAUUCCUCUGGUCAAUGCAGCUGUAAGAGAAGUCGACAUUAGAGGAGUAUUUCGUUAUUGCAACACUUGGCCCAUGGCAAUAGCCAUGCUCUCAUCAGGUAAAGUUAAUGUGAAGCCGCUAGUGACCCACCGUUUCCCUCUGGAGCAGGCUCUACAGGCCUUUGAGACCACCAAACAGGGCUCCGGGAUUAAAGUCAUGUUAAAAUGUGACAAAAAUGACCAGAACCCUUGACCUGAUCAUUAGAGAUUAACCCGUAGACCAAAACUUCGGAAAAUGAACUUUGAACUUGAGCUGAGAUAACAACAGGAUAAAGACAGAUUAGAUGAAAGAUUAGAAUGAACCCUGUGGAGGUUAGAACUG